AUGCUUGUGAAGGCGGCCGCGGUCAAGACCCAGGCCCGGCGGGUUCUGUCCCGACCAAGGACACUGCUCCCGGCCAUCUUCGUCUUCGUCAUACUCUGCCUGCUCGGCUUGAUGCACCACAACGGCCAGCUAAAGCAUGGCGCCCCUGUGAUGGGCGACCAAGCCUCCGGCCGGGACCCUAACGAACGCCGUAUGCGGGAGUUGUCAGCGCAGAGGGUCCUCUUCGAGGAAGAGUAUCAUAAGCUCAAGAAUAAACCCGGUUACAGGGCCAUCUACGGCAACACUCUUGAAACUCUCAUCGAUCAAGAUACGAGGAAGCCAUCCGAGGAGCAUCAACUGGGUUCCGUUAACAAGACGGUCAGCUUUAGCAAGGCUCAACCGGUCACCUUCAACCCCUACCCAGAUUACAACAGCGCGGCUUGGAAGGCGCGACACGCCCCCUACGUGCCAUGCCUGGGAGCUGAUGGGAAGGAGAUUGAGGACAUUCAGGUUUUCAAGGGCCGCCCGAAGGACUUCCCCAAUCCCGGCUUCGGGAGCUACAGCGUCCUUGGCCUUGAUCGAAAUCUCUGUUUUGAGCGGGAGACUCGGCUGGGCCAGUAUGGGCUGUCGCCGGUCGUGGACGAUAAAGGCCAAGAAGUCAAUUGGGAGAACGUCAACUGGGGCGCGCUCCAGGACCGUUGCGUGGAAAAGAACAGUGCUCGGUUUGCCCCGGCAAGUCCCAGAGACGAAAAGGCCGUUGCGAAGGCGGGCGACUCCUCCAACUCGAAACGCGAGGCGAACAAGAACGAAGAGGCUAUCAGCGAGCAAGAUAAAGUGAUGGAGACUGUGCGGCGGUUCUGGCGCAAGACAGGCAAGCAACACACUCGACGCGCAUCCCAACAAAAUAAAAAGGUCACGUCGAAGCGGCCCUCCGAAAAGUCGCCCAAGUUCGAGUCGAGGACCGCAUUACUUCUCCGCAGCUACUCUGGGAAAACAUACACCGAAAACGACAAGCAGGUCAUGCGGUCUCUCAUUACCGAACUGAGUCUCCGAACAGGCGGUGAAUACGAGGUUUUUCUUUUUGUGCACGUCAAGGACGCGCAGCAGGAGGUGUGGACUGAUGAGGCCUACCAAAAGGCCCUGGAAGACCACGUCCCAGCUGAGUUCAGGAGCAUCGCGGUUCUUUGGAACGAGCCGGCGGUGGACCGGAUGUAUUCGAACCUGUCGGAUAAGGCCCGUAAGGUACACCACGGCCAGUUCCUGCCGGUCCAGAUGUUCAUGCAGGAGUUCCGGGAAUUCGACUACGUUUGGAAUUGGGAGAUGGACUCGCGCAUCACAGGACACAACUACGACGUGAUCACCAAGCUAGGCGAAUUCGGGAAAAAGCAACCACGGAGAGGCCUCUGGGAACGGAACGAGCGGUUUUACAUCCCCUCCUUCCACGGCAGCUUUGAUUCACAGUUCCGUGCCACGGUAGAGAAGGCCGUUGGCACCGAUACGAUCUGGGGCGCGCCCAAUAUCCCUGUUGUCAAACCUCAGGGCCCGAAGCCUCCUGUUGCCAACCCUCGGGAUGAUGAUUACAAAUGGGGCGUCGGCGAAGAGGCAGACUUGAUUGAGUUGGCUCCGCUCUUCAACGUCGUCAACAGCGGCUGGGUUAUGCGCAACACAGUCUGGGGUUACCGUUCAGAGAACUUCCCUUGGGGGAGGCUGCCCCGCCGGGGGACCAUCAUCACGCAGUCUCGUCUCUCAAAGCGACUGAUCGACGCCAUGCACUACGAGGAUCUUCAGGGCAACCACGUGGCUUCCGAGAUGGCCCCCCAGACGACAGCCCUUCUCCACGGCCUCAAGGCCGUGUACGCCCCGAUGCCAGUUUUCUUCGACCGCUCCUGGAGCGGUGAUAGGUUGGCGGCGUGGUUUAACGGUGGCCCCAAGGGCGAGAGCGGUGGCUUCGGCAGUGCCAUGGGAUGGGGCCACGAGGGCCGAUUCAUGGGCACCACUUGGUACUUCCGCGCGUACCCUCCACAACGGCUGUACAACAAUUGGGCCGGUUAUGAGGAUACCGCCCUUGGCGGUGCAGAGUGGGAGGCUGAACAUGGCCGUCCCUGUCUCCCGUCUAUGAUCCUACACCCUAUUAAGGAGAUCAAGCCGACGGAGAAGGGUUACUCGACGGAUUCCAGGCUGUCUUAUAACUGA